AUGCCCGGCAUAGAUCCGAGCCUUAUCUGCCACAAGCUGCAAAUCGAUCCGAAAGCAAGACCUGUUUGCCAAAAGAAAAGAAACAUGGGAGAUGAAAAACGCGCAGCGUGCCUCGAGGAAACCCAGAAGCUCCUCCGAGCAGGAUUUAUAGAAGAACUCCGAUUCACUACAUGGCUAUCCAACGUAGUUAUGGUAAGAAAAGCCUCAGGUAAGUGGCGAAUGUGCGUAGAUUUCACUAACCUCAACAAAGCAUGCCCUAAAGAUGCCUAUCCCCUCCCAUGCAUAGACAAAUUGGUAGAUAAUGCAUCAGGAUAUAACGCUUUAAGCUUUUUAGACGCAUAUUCCAGUUACAAUCAAAUAUUAAUGCAUCCGAAAGAUAAAGACAAGACAGCUUUCAUAACCGAACUAGGAAAUUAUUGUUAUACUGUUAUGCCUUUUGGCCUUAAGAAUGCAAGGGCUACCUAUCAACGCCUCAUGGACAAAGUGUUCAGCAAACAAAUAGGGAGAAACCUGGAAGUGUACGUUGAUGACAUGGUCGUCAAAACCGAACAAGAAAGCACCCAUGAUGCCGACUUGGAAGAAGUGCUCGGUCAACUAAGAAAACACAACAUGCGACUAAACCCGGAAAAGUGCGCCUUCGGAGUUAAGGGAGGAAAGUUCUUAGGCUUCAUGCUGACUUCAAGAGGCAUCGAGGCAAACCCCGAGAAAUGUGAAGCAAUCAUUAACAUGAGACCCCCCCGAACACUAAAGGAAGUCCAAAGACUAAAUGGAAGGCUGGCCGCACUCUCCCGAUUCCUGCCAAGUGUAUCAACACAUUCCCAACAUUUCUUCAAUAUACUGAAGAGAAAAGCAAAGUUCAACUGGGAUACGGAAUGUGAAACUGCUUUUCAAAAAUUGAAGGCCAUAAUCUCGUCCCCACCGAUCUUACAGAAGCCAAAUCGCGAAAAGCCGCUACUGUUAUACUUAUCAGUAUCCCCAAAAGCUAUCAGCUCAGUACUCGUCACAGAGGUCAGGGAGAAGCAGGAGCCAGUCUACUUCGUCAGCAAAACAUUACAAAACGCCGAGCUUAGAUACCCACAAAUGGAGAAGCUAGCAUACGCACUAAUACUCACAGCAAGAAGACUAAGACAGUACUUCCAAAGCAAUAAAGUUAUCGUCAAAACAAAUCAACCUUUGCGACAAAUUCUCACCCGACCCGAGGUCUCAGGAAGACUUACCAAAUGGUCAAUAGAAUUAUCAGAAUUCGACAUAACAUAUGAACCGAGGACAACGUUAAAAGCACAAUUCUUAGCAGAUUUUGUAGCCGAGUUAACAGACCAAGAGGACCACGCCCACACGUGGGAGCUCUAUGUAGAUGGGGCCUCAAACUCAGAAGGAUCGGGGGCGGGAGUAUACCUAACAGACAGAUCGGAACUCCAAGCAGAACAGUCAAUCAAAUUCUCAUUUCAAACAAGCAACAACCAAGCCGAAUACGAGGCCCUACUCGCCGGCCUUCGACUCGCACAAUCCCUAAACAUCACGCACCUACAAAUAUAUUGCGACUCACAACUGGUGGUGCAACAGGUAACCGGGAACUUUCAGGUAAAGGAUCAGCUGUUAGAAAAGUAUCACACAUCAGUAAAGGAACUCAUAUCUCAUUUCACUUAUAUCCAAAUCACACACAUAGCUCGGGAACAAAACACCCGAGCAGAUGCUUUAUCAAAACUAGCCACAACUAGGAAGAAUAUGUAUGAUUCUGUUAUAUCUCAGCUGACCCUUACAGAACCGAGCUAUGGCAAAACAAUCUUCUCCAUCUCACAGGAACAAGACUGGCGAACACCAUACAAACAGUAUUUGGAAAUCGGAACCAUACCAACAACCAUCAAAGACGAACGGGCCUUCAAAAGACGAGCAGCAUCUUUUACCAUGAUCGGAACCGAUUUAUACAAAAGAGGUUUCUCCCAACCAUUACUGAGAUGUCUAGGCACAAAUGAAGCUAAGGUCGCCAUGGACGAAACCCACGAAGGAGUAUGCGGCAACCACAUUGGAGGGAUCAGCCUGGCAUCCAAAGUCGCCAGAGCAGGCUAUUAUUGGCCUACAAUGAAGACCGAUUGCGUCGAAAAGGUAAAAAGAUGCGACAGUUGCCAAAAGCACGGACCAUUAACUCACAACCCAGCCGAGAACCUACAUACCUCAGAGGUUAGCUGGCCAUUUCAUAAAUGGGGGCUUGAUAUCCUCGGCCCAUUCCCCAAGGCUCCAGGUCAGGUAAAAUAUUUAUUAGUAGUAAUUGAUUAUUUUUCGAAGUGGAUAGAAGCCACACCUCUAGCCAAAAUAGGGGCAGACAAGGUCCGAGCUUUUCUCUGGAAAAACAUCAUUUGUCGCUUCGGUAUACCACAUGCCAUUAUAACUGACAAUGGUCGGCAAUUUACCGACCAAAGCCUGGCAGGAUUUUUGCAGGGUUUCGAAAUCAAGCAUCACUUCUCAUCAGUAGAACACCCCCAAACAAACGGACUUGCCGAAGCAGCAAAUAAGGUAAUCCUCAUGGCUCUCAAGAAAAAACUCGGCGAAGCCAAAGGAGAGUGGGCAGAACUGAUACCAGAAAUACUAUGGAGUUACAACACAACGAAACAAACAACUACCAAGGAAGCACCUUACCGACUCGUUUACGGCGCUGACGCAAUGAUUCCAGUCGAAGUCGCCCUAACGUCGGCAAGAACAACAGACCCCUCGGCAACAAACAACGAUGUGAUCAGAGAAAUCGAGCUAGAUACAAUAGAAGAAGACAGAUACAAGGCAGAAAUAAGACACAAGGCGAUGCAAAACAUCAUAAGAAAGAAAUAUAAUAAAAAGGUCCAACUCAGGUCUUUCACAGAACAGGACCUUGUACUAAGACGAACAGAGGAGGCAAGGAAACCACACGCACACGGAAAGCUCGCCGCAACAUGGGAAGGUCCUUACAGAAUAACAAAAGUGCUCGGCAAAGGAGCAUACAAACUCCAAACACUACAAGGGAACGACAUCCCUGGAAUAUGGAAUGUGUCAUCUCUUCGAGCGUAUUUUUCAUAA